UGAUGGGUCCAAGAAAAGCGAGAUUCUUUCGUGAUUUUUUUUUCCACUGAUGGAUUUUCCUGUGUGCAAUUGCUGCUGCUGCUGUUUGCGAUUUAGAUAAACAGAGCAGAAGAGAGAGAAAAAAAGACUACUGCUUUUGCCCAGAAAAAAAGAGGGAGUCGAAAAAAUCGAAUUAAGUUGAAAGUAUUUGUUUUUCAAUUUAAUUCGACAUUUUUUCCCGCUGAUGUACAGCUGCUGCUGCUGCUCUCUAGAACUGGCACUGACUGCCAGGGUUUGUGCUGAUGCUGCGGGAAAGAUACACAAACGCGAACGAACGCGCAGCUUUUUUUUUUGCCUCUUCAGCAAAGUUUGGUUUCUAACAUGCGGAAAUGAAUUUUGUAAAGAGCUUUGUGUUUGCGACCAUUGGUAACAACUUUUUCAAUUUUAUGCGUUUUUUUUUGGGUGGGUUUGUUCCGAGGUUUGUGCUUUUUAUAAUAUAAUACUUUGAAUUGCAGUGCAUUUUUUCAAAGGUAACAAAAUUGACUAAAUUUUACAUAAUUGGAAUACUUAUGCCUGCGACUGCAGUAUUGAUCUUACUUUUUCCAUGCUCUGAAAACUUUAAAUUAACAAAAACGUUCGAUCUUCACUGUGUUUAAAUAAUCUUUUUUUUUCAUUCUGAAUAACUCAAAAUUUAUUGGGGUAAAGGGUCCACUUUUCACCCACUUACUGGAUCUAAACAGAAAAAAUCAUGUGAAUUCACUCAACACGGAAAUGAUGUAAACUUGAGAUUCGAGGUAAAUUGCUGAAUAACAAGUUAAAUCAUGUCUAAAUUUCCAAGGGAUUUAAAGUUGUCUGAUUUGGUAAUAAAUUUAAAAUUAAACUUUGCACAAUGUUUGCUAAGUAUUUUACAAUCGAUUGCUUAAGCUUUAAAAACUACAAAUAUAAUCGGUAUUGACCUAAUAUUAAAUACUAAUUCAUAUGCCUAAAUCUCGACCAAAAUAAAACUGCCAAAAGCAUAGAAAAAUGUUACAUGAUAAAGCAUGUACCAAAAGGUUAAAUUGAUUAAUAGUGUUAGUUUUAAUGCAAAUUGCAUGGAAAUUUACCUUAAAUCUUAUUUAAAAUUCAAAAUUGAAAUUAGGAGAAUUCAAUGAAAUUUCUCCCAACUAAUUUUACGCUUCAACAACAAAUCAUCAGGCAAUGCAUUUUUAUGCAAUAUUUGUACAAAAUAUGAAUUUUUAUGAAAAUUUCAAAAUGUUUGUGCACCUCGAAAAAAGUCUGGCAAUAGCUCAUAUUGUGCAUCUGGCAUCCUUGCUGUAUAGCAGCAAUGUUUAAAGGUUACGUUUUAAAAGGUUAUAAAGUUUAAAUUCAUUUAAAUGUAAGUUUACAAAUUGAAUAUUACCUAGAUGCCAAAACUAAGAUCUCUUUUGAUGUAAAAAAGUACAGCAAGACCGAUUUUUUCACUUUAUUUCAUCAAUUUUAACUUUUUGGAAGUUUCACUUUGGUCGGGAUUUAGGCAUAUGAAUUUGUAAUUAAUAUUAGGCCAAUAUCAAUUAUAUUUGCAGUUUUAUUUUUUUACAAAAAAAAAGCUUAAGCAAUAGGGCGUCCCAAAAAAAUGAUAAGUUGUCAAAUCUUUGGUGCUCACCCCUAUAAUGAUAGAUUAGGUUAUCAGGAACAAUGUUUUCAUGCAACAAAAAAAAUGGUUUACAACUCGCGCGCGGAGCUUGAAUGAAAAAAGUGCAUUUUGCGAGUAUUUUUCAGAAAUGCGCGUAACAAUCAUACUAAAGUUAUUCAAACUUGGUCGCCUUGGGCUUCAAGUUAUUGUCACCUGAACAAAUUCCUAUACGGACAUAGUCCAUAAAAGCUUGUGUUUGGGCAUGCCAGGGCGUUUAAUGGGGGAAAAAUUUGUAUUUUUUAGCUAAAAGUUUCAAAAAUUAUUCCCCAAAACGAGCCAAAAAAAUUUGCGAACUAAUACAUUCAGCUUAUAAUUUUACGGAGAUCAUUUUGCUUUUUUUAACAUUCAAUUUAUGUCCACGCAAAGCCAAGAUGUUUGCAUUUUAGUGAACAAAAAGUGACAAUUUUUCAAAAAAAUUAGUACUUAUAUAAGCGUUUUUAGCAUAAAACAUUGAUUGAUAUUUUUAUUUCGCUAGCUCAAAAACGAUAUUUGUUAAUAAAAUUUCAUGGAAAACCCGCAAGAUUUUUCUGAAGAUGUUACGUAAACGACAAAUAAUCAUGAAUCAAAAUUACGUGUACGUGAUUUUUUUAAACAAAUUCAUUUAUAAAAAACUCUUUUUUCAAAAAUAGUUACUUAUUAGAGCUUUAUUUGUUCAUAUCGAGAAAAUCACAGAGCAGUACUUAUAAAUAUGUUGUUUACGUCACAUUGUGAGAAAACUCAUGUUUUUUCAUGAAAUGUUUUUAACAAAUAUCAUUUUUGAGCUAGCGAAAUGGCAGCGUCAUCAGUGCAUAAUUGACAAAGGGAGCGCGUGGUCGUAAAAAUAUUCGGAGUGAAAAGUGAUUUUUUUUGUGUGUGUGCCUUUUGUUUCGCAUUUUUGUCGUGUAUUGUGUGCUGCGAGAAGAAGAUUGCCCUCUGAAAAUGCAGUGUCAUCAGUGUAUAAUUGACAAAGGGAGCGCGUGGUCGUAAAAAAUAUUCGGAGUGAAAAGUGAUUUUUAUUUUGUGUGUGCCUUUUGUUUCGCAUUUUUGUCGUGUAUUGUGUGCUGCGAGGAGAAAAUUACCCUCUGAAAAUGCAGCGUCAUCAGUGCAUAAUUGACAAAGGGAGCGCGUGGUCGUAAAAAUAUUCGGAGUGAAAAGUGAUUUUUUUUGUGUGUGUGCCUUUUGUUUCGCAUUUUUGUCGUGUAUUGUGUGCUGCGAGGAGAAAAUUACCCUCUGAAAAUGCAGCGUCAUCAGUGCAUAAUUGACAAAGGGAGCGCGUGGUCGUAAAAAUAUUCGGAGUGAAAAGUGAUUUUUUUUUUUGUGUGUGUGCCUUUUGUUUCGCAUUUUUGUCGUGUAUUGUGUGCUGCGAGAAGAAGAUUGCCCUCUGAAAAUGCAGCGUCAUCAGAGCAUAAUUGACAAAGGAAGCGCGUGGUCGUAAAAAUAUUCGGAGUGAAAAGUGAUUUUUUUUGUGUGUGUGCCUUUUGUUUCGCAUUUUUGUCGUGUAUUGUGUGCUGCGAGAAGAAGAUUGCCCUCUGAAAAUGCAGUGUCAUCAGUGUAUAAUUGACAAAGGGAGCGCGUGGUCGUAAAAAAUAUUCGGAGUGAAAAGUGAUUUUUAUUUUGUGCGUGCCUUUUGUUUCGCAUUUUUGUCGUGUAUUGUGUGCUGCGAAGAGAUUUGAAAUUUGCUCGCGUUAUCUAAAUUGUAGAAACAGUAAAAAUAUACUGAUAAGUCCAGCCCAUAGCACUUAUGCUCGGUUGGCACGCGUUCGAUUAAAAAAACUUUCUAAAUCAUCACUAAUUUAUCUUUCCGCAGCCGGCUGCCUAAGAUUUAAAAAAUUCAACCGAUAAACAAAAUGCUCAUGGUCACAUCACUGCCAUUCGUGAAUCCUGACCUCAUACCCAUCUACUAACCCCCUCAAAACUCAUGUGAUACUUUGUCGGAGAAGCAGUCGAUUGGGCGGUCUCUAUCACUCAAGUAUCGGACUAACAUUCCCAUCCACUUCCCCGUGACUCUACCACUGGUCGUGGCCGGCGCCGGUAUUGAUCAGCAUGAUAGGGGCCUUUGAGAAGUUGCGAAGCGAGGAAAGAUAGCACCCACUCAUCUUCCACGGCUUGUGGAUGUAACUUCUGGAGGUCCUGGUCAAUAACGGAGUAGCAACUGCGGGUGGGCACCUAUGCUUAUGCUUAUGCUUAUGCUUAAUAUCAUUUUUGAGCUAGCGAAAUAAAAAUAUCCAUAAUAUAUGUCUUCUCUUUUGUAAUCCAUGCCAAUGUUUUAUGCUAAAAACGCUUAUAUGCCAAGAAUUUUGAAAAUUCGCCGCUUUUUGUUCACUAAAAUGCAAAUAGCUCGGCUUUGCGUGGACAUAAAUUGAAUGUUAAAAAAAGCAAAAUGAUCUCCGUAAAAUUUCCUAUAAGCUGAAUGCAUUAGUUUUGGCUGCAAAUUUUUUUGGCUCGUUUUGGGGAGCGUUUUUUGAAAAUUUUGGCUGAAAAUACAUUUUUUUUUUCACUGAAAAAAACAUUGUUUUCCCCUAAAACGUUCUGCCAUGCCCAAACCAAAACUUUUAUGGGCUUUGUCUGUAACGUAAACUAUAAGUCCAAAACGAUCAAAAUUUGAAUGACUUUAGUAUGUUUGUUGGGUGCAUUUCAGAAAAAUAAUUGCAAACCACUUAUAAGAUUUUUUUGGUUGUAUGGAAACGUUGUUCCUGAUAUCCUUCUCUAUCAUUUUAGGGAUGACAACCAAGAUUUUAACCACUUUUUAUUUAUAUGGGACACCCUAUUAUAUUGAACAAUCGUUUUUAGCAAAUAAUGUAUGUGCCAACAAAAGUUCUACUAAAUAAUAUUCGAAUUUUUGCUCAAACAUACAAAUAUCACUUCAAAACACUCCAGCAAUUAAAAAAGAAUUCAUAAAUCAUGCACAACCAAUUCACCCUGAUUGCACCCGAUUGCGAUUGCCGAACGCAACACAACGCGACCGACCAGCAAUCAGCAUCCAUAUCGCGCAUUCGCCAAAUUGCCUUUUAAUACCCGGUGUCUAAUUUCCCUCCAUUGAAGCGAUCCACCACAUCAAUCAACGAUCCAAUUGAUUCCACCACCCCCACCCACACGCGGAUACGGAUUAUGAUGAUUCGGUAAAAGGGAUGAAACCCUCCUCCACAACACAAAAAAUAGAUAAACAAGCAGAGAGUCCUUUUUCUCUCCGCGAGAUACUCUCUCUCUCUCUCGCACACAGAUUGUGUGAGAGAAAUUGGGAGAGAUUUCCUCUCCGAACUGCCUUUUUUUCGACAGCCCUUCUUCAAAGGAUAUCAUCGCGCGCGCGGGAAACGAAACUCGGAUCACGACGACGACGACGGCAUCGCGACUGAAAUAUGAAAUAUGAUCUUCGCUCGCCGCUACACUCAUCAUUCGCCUAAAUGUCGUUAACCGAAUCGCACACAGGUCAGGUGCGCUCCUAAAGGUAGACUACCUGCCUUCCAGAGUUAAAAUCGGUUUCCUGCUGUUGCUGGUGUGGUUUAGGAGGUCAGCACUCAAUCGGAUUUACGACACGUGUAAUUAAAUUAAGGCCGGAUAAUUGAUACAUUGAUAGUUUCAUGGAGCUCUCAAAUCCUGACAGCAAUCGAGAUGGAUGGAUUUUAAACGGAUUAAAUUUCAUCAAAUUGGAAAACUAGUUGCAAUUGAUUUUGCACGAGUGUGUGUUUGUGUGUGGGAAAAACUAGAAACCAAGUGGCAUUAAUAAGCCUUGAACUGUGGUCAUUGGUGUGAUGUGUGCAGCGGCGAAAAUUAAUUCAAUUUGACCCUACACAAUCCGCGCGCGCUCGAACAAUUGUGGUUCGAGCUGAAUUUUUCCUGACCUCUGGGAAUUGACAACCGGAGGACCGCAGCGAAAAAUAAAAAGGAAGAACCGCGCGCGGUGUGCCCAUCAAGUGCAAUAUUCAUGCAAAAAUGAUGCGUGUCCCUGAACGCGCGUGGUGGUCAAAUUGAGAGGGCAAAAAAGGUGCAAUACAAUCAAAUUAGUGGAAAAUAGAGCACAUUUCAAUUAUGCGUGUUUGGAUAUCGACGAAAAAUGCCAGUGAGUUUGUGGUGAAGUAAACAAGAGGAAGAAAAAAAAAGCGUGGCAAAAUGUUCACGAAUUGGCUUGCACCUCCGCCCACAACGAGUCUACCGCCGGACACAAUAAUUGAGGUUGGCCCGCCACCCUUCACCCGGUAUGCCGCGCACAGUGCCCUGGUGUCGGCCCACAGUGGCUACCUGCGGGCGGCGUUGCGUUCCGACAGUUCAACCGGAAGCACCACUGCAGAAACAAUCCCCAUCUACGUCCCGAACGUGACCGCAGAGCAGUUCACGCCGCUGCUGGCCUACAUGUACACCGGAUUUCUGGACCUGAAUAUCGAAAACAUUUUCGGCGUCCUGUUGGCCACUCACAUUCUGCAUAUGCCACGAGCUCUGGAGCUGUGCCGAGCCUUUCUAUCUGCCAGUCAGCAGCAACAGCAGCAGCAGCAGCAGUCGGAGAAUUAUUUCAGUGGCCUGAAUGCCAUAUCCGCUGUGGCGUCCAAACCUAAGCUCGAAGCCGAAACGAGCAAGGUGGUACGACCAAUCGCCAGCAAAGCGACCGGAAUUGGGCUGAAUUUCAUCGCACCACCCACGUCCCACAUCCUACUGCCGAGCACUCACACCCCGUUCAAGAGUCUGUCCGGGGUUGGCCUCGUUGGUCCGACGGUGGCCACGAGCGUAGACACCAAACGUGACUCAUUCUCACCUCCUGGGAGCGUCAAAUUGACAGAAUUGACUGAAAGUUCGAUUGCCACAGCUACGCCGGAAGAACCGCCCAAACCCUCCAAGGAGCACCAACUGCCACCGACCACCAGCCAUAAACGGUCAUCAAAAUCCCUCAAACGAGCCUCGUCCAGCAAAUCAGACUCGGUUGUAACGACGGCAUCCAAAGAUUCCACCAACAACAGCAACAACGACAAGGGCGUAAUCGUAGACAUUGCGAGCUGCGACGGUCCGGUGCGAUUCCGACGCGUUCUCAACGACAGUUACGGAAUCAACACCGCCAACAACAACAAAACCAUCUGCACUCCCGACGAGUCGUCCAAGGGUGGCAACUCGCGCUACAUGAGCACAUCCUUCCAUCAACAGAUGGUGCGCAACAUCAACGAACGCAAACAGGCGGCAAGCAGCCUAGCUUCGGGCGAAAGCUACACCAGCAGCAAGGACGAAAACAGCCAGGACACCAACCGGCCCCAUUCGCCGCAAAGUGCGUCGACAACCACCACGACCAACACAAUCGCGUCAACCACGACCACGACGGGCGAAACGUACAACUGCGUGUACUGUAAGCACACCUUCAAGUCGCAGUACUGCUACCAGAAGCACGCCAAGCGUCAUCUGAUUCCGCUAUCGCUUGAAGUCGGUGGUGGCGUCCAGCCAGAUCCGGAAGUCGAUUCCGAAGGGCAUGGUGAAAAACAACCAACGAGUUUGUCGUCGUCAUCGUCGGUGGUGCGGCACGCGAAAUCACACCACGCAGCAAAACGUGAGGUCAAACCGCUGGACAUGAACGUGCAGUACUAUCCGUGCAAGACGUGCGGCAGCAAGUUCCCCAGCUACUACUUUGUGCACAAGCACCGGAAGAUGUGCCACGCGGACGAGGAGGUGCUUUAAAAAAUGCACCGCACGACAUAACUUAUACAGGGUAUAAUCAAAACAUUAGCAUGGAAUUGUAUUGUUAAACGAUCGCUACAUAUCAAAACUAAUAAACUUCAUCUUCGAUUUACUAUUGACUGUCAGA